CCAAAUCCACUGGCAUGACCCCAUUCUGGAGCAGUUUAGUAUAAAAGAGUCCUUGACUCCCCUUGAAUCCCAUUCUUUUUUUCCUUGUCUCAGCACCAUCCUCUAAUUCAACACUCUCCCUCCCCCUUCUCUACUCUCCUUUGGGACAGAGCAAGUCCAAGGAUAACUCUCAACGAUACCCAUCCUUACUACUCUUUACAUACUCCAUCUCUUUUUCUUUCUUUCUCUCAUUCAUUAACGUAUACACAAUGUCUGUUCAAAAGACAGAACACAACGCGGAGGAGUUUAUCGACGAGAAAAUCGAUCUUGAACAAUCCUCUGUCAUCCUGGAGGAGGAAGAGAACUCCCCUAUCCCUGAAGUUGCUGCCAUCGUCUCCAACAAGGAUGAUCCCACCACCCCUGUCAUGACCUUCCGUUACUGGGUCAUGGCUGUUAUCUUCUCCAUCAUCCUUUCCUUCUUCAACCAGUUCUUCGCGUUCCGUACCAACCCCAUGACAAUCUCUACUUUAGUCAUCCAGCUUUUGUCUUACCCAUUCGGAAGAUUUUUGGCUGCUGUGCUCCCACACGGUCGCCUUAACCCUGGUCCUUUCAAUAUCAAAGAGCACGUCCUGGUCGCCUUGACUGCUAACUGUGCUGCUGGUACUGCCUAUGCUGUCGAUAUCACUGUAAUUCAAAAGGUCUUCUAUGGUGAGGACUUUGGUUUUCUUGCCAACUUCCUUCUCAUUCUUUGCACUCAAAUACUGGGUUAUGGUAUGGCUGGUGUUCUCCGUCGUUACCUCGUCUACCCUGCUGCUAUGAUCUGGCCCGCCAACUUGGUCCAGGUUGCUCUUUUCAACACUCUUCACAAAGAGGAGGAUCUCAAGCCUGGCCAGUGGACGCGCUUCAAGUUCUUCUUGGUCGCAACUGGCCUUAUGUUUUUGUACCAGUGGAUCCCAGGUUUCCUCUUCCCUGUCCUCAGCUCCAUUGCCUGGAUUUGCUGGAUCAAGCCUGAUAACUUGGUUCUCUCCCAGCUCACUGGUGCCGGUGGUCUCGGAAUUGGUGCCAUCUCCCUCGACUGGAACAACAUUGUUUCCUUCUUGGGUUCACCUUUGAUCGUCCCUUGGUGGGCUCAGGUCAACAUUGCUCUCGGUUUCUUCAUCAUUGCCUGGGUUAUGGUUCCUAUUGCGUACUACACCAACCUCUGGGAAGCCAAGAAGUUCCCUAUCCUUACUCCAGCCUUAUUCACUCGAGAUGGUCAAGAGUAUGACACACAACAGAUUCUCACUAAUAACGUCUUGGAUGAUAAAAAGUACGAGGAAUAUGGUCCUCUUCGUAUCUCGACCUUCUUUGCCUUGACCUACGGUAUCGGUUUCGCUGGUCUUGCUUCUAUGAUGACCCACACCUGGUUGUACCACCGCCACAAGUUGGUUGCUCAGUGGAAGCAAUCUCGCGAUCACACUGAGGACAUCCACCACAAGUUGAUGCAGGCUUAUCCUGAGGUUCCUGACUGGUGGUAUGCUGCUCUCUUCAUCACCAUGACUGCCAUUGCGAUCAUCACUUGCGAGGUCUGGGACUACAAACUUCCAUGGUGGGGUGUCAUUUUGGCCGUUGCUCUCUCGGCCAUCUUUUCUCUUCCUGUUGGUUUGAUUCAAGCCAUUACCAACCAGCAACCAGGUCUUAACAUCAUCACAGAAUACGUUAUCGGCUAUAUCCUUCCCGGUCGUCCCAUCGCUAACGUUACCUUCAAGACCCUUGGUUAUAUCUCCAUGGCCCAGGCUAUGACUUUUACAUCUGAUCUCAAGUUGGGUCACUACAUGAAGAUCCCUCCACGUGCCAUGUUCUGGGCACAGCUCCUCGGAACCGUUAUUGCAGGCCUUGUCAACUUGUUGACUGCCAACUGGCUGUUGAGAUCACAGAAGGAUAUCUGCACAGAGAAAAACCAUCUGUUCUCUUGCCCUUCUGCCAACACUUUCUACUCAGCCUCAGUUAUCUGGGGUGUCAUUGCUCCUGAUCGCAUGUUUGGUCCCACCUCCAUGUACAAUGCCAUCAACUACUUUUUCCUGAUUGGUUUUAUCCUUCCUAUCCCAUUCUACUACCUCAAGAAGGUCAUGCCCAACUCAUUCCUCGAAUACGUCCAUAUCCCUGUCUUGUUGGCUGCCACAGGAAUGAUGCCACCAGCUCAGGCUUAUCAUUAUACCAACUGGUUGGCUGUUGGAUUCGCCUUCCAAUUCUUUGCUCGUCGCUAUCAUCCAGAGUGGCACUUGCGUUUCACAUAUGUGUUAUCUGCAGCAUUUGAUUCUGGCGUAGCAUUCAUGGUCCUGGUCUCGUUCUUUGUCUUUACAAUCCGUGAUGCCACCAUGGUUGAAUGGUGGGGUACUCGCUAUGAUCUGUGCCCAUUGGAGGGUCAACCCUACUAUCCCCCCACAGAACCAGCACCAGCACCAGCACCAGCAGCAUAGUUCAUAUUUCUUCUUUUUUUUUUUUUUUUACCGUUCAUCGUG